GCGGCGCCGCUCCGACCUGCCCCGGAGCCGCCACUGCCGCUCCCGCCGCCCUUAGUAUCCCUGCCUUCUCUCUGACCGCCGCCCAUUCAGCGCAACAGCCGUCGGUCCUCUCGCUUUCCCGUAGGGGCCGUCGGCGUUCGUUUGAAACGCGGUCCACCCGUCCCAGCGUAGCCGGCGCUCUUCGGCGCCGCGCGCAAACUUCCCGAGCCGGCGGGUGCGGGCGGUGGCAGCGGGGCCCGGAUGGGCGCCCGGGUCGGAGGCGGCGGCGCCCAUGGACGCUAACCGCCCGGGUGCGUUUGUGCUGAGCAGCGCGCCUUUAGCCGCGCUGCACAACAUGGCUGAGAUGAAGACGUCGCUGUUCCCCUACGCGCUGCAGGGCCCGGCGGGCUUCAAGACACCCGCCCUAGGCAGCCUUGGCGCGCAGUUGCCUCUAGGCACUCCGCACGGCAUCAGCGACAUCCUGGGACGGCCGGUGGGCGCAGCGGGUGGCGGCCUCCUAGGAAGUCUGCCCCGUCUCAACGGGCUCGCCUCGUCUGCAGGUGUCUACUUCGGGCCCGCAGCCGCCGUGGCUCGGGGCUACCCCAAGCCGCUGGCGGAACUGCCUGGGCGCCCGCCCAUCUUCUGGCCUGGGGUGGUGCAGGGCUCUCCCUGGAGGGACCCGCGACUGGCCGGCUCCGCCCAAGCCGGCGGGGUCCUGGAUAAGGAUGGCAAGAAGAAACACUCGCGGCCGACUUUCUCCGGCCAGCAGAUCUUCGCGCUGGAGAAGACUUUCGAGCAGACCAAGUAUUUGGCAGGCCCAGAGCGCGCGCGGCUUGCCUACUCUCUGGGCAUGACCGAGAGCCAAGUGAAGGUGUGGUUCCAGAAUCGGCGGACCAAGUGGCGCAAGCGGCACGCGGCAGAGAUGGCGUCGGCUAAAAAGAAGCAAGACUCGGAUGCCGAGAAGCUGAAGGUGGGUGGCUCAGACGCGGAGGACGAUGACGAAUACAACCGGCCCCUGGACCCCAACUCCGAUGACGAGAAGAUCACGCGGCUUCUCAAAAAGCACAAACCCUCGAACUUGGCGCUCGUUAGCCCGUGUGGUGGCAGCGCGGGGGACGCCUUGUGAGGACGCGGCCAGGCCGGAGAACCCGAGAACCGGGACUCGCGGCAUGCCCCGACGCCAGCCGCCCAGCCGCAGUGUGUAUAUAUAUUUUUACAGAAUAAGUUAUAAAGCGGACGUUGGCGCGGCCUUGGCGUGAUGGCGGAGUACGGGGUUUGGGCCGAUCACUUUGUAUAAUCAAUAAAUUAUUUAACACGUCCUCGUCGGAGCCGUGGCUCCCAAGGCUGCACAUCGUGUUUCUUCCAUACGGAGCUGGCACCAGCGGGCGGGCAGGACCCUGCAGACCCACCUAGCCUGUUCUCUCUGUGGGCGCCAGAGACUGGCGCAGGGGGGCGCGACAGUGCUUGAUGACGACCUGGGGCCCGUGUGCGCCUUUGGUUCAGAGGUUGAGUGCCUGGUGAUGGUCCCAGAGCGCACGGUGAUGGCAGCUUGCAGGAGCGCAGAGGUUGUGAGACUGAGCAUGCCCCGGGUCGUGGGAAGGCAGCUUCAGCCGCCGGGGAAGGGAAGGACACCGCUGCGCAGUGCUUGGAGGAGCUGGGCCAGCAGGGAACUCAGCGGAAGAGACCCCAAAGCAGGGCUGCAGACAUCCUGUGAAUCCUGCCCAGGCACCUCACAGUCUUCAGCCUGUGUCAGCAGCCCUGACACUCACCACUGGCCUCUCAGAAGGCUGACAGGAGGGCCCUCAGCCAGGAUCUCUUCAACCUAAAGAGCUAAAUCCAUAGGAACCGAGCAGUCACUUCCAGAGGCCUUCACGGGAAGGACCCACAGCUGGAACCCACGGACAACCGCUGCGGACAUGGCACAUUGGCAAGCAGCGACCAUGGCAGUCACAGACCCGACCCUGGCAUCAAGGACACAGGCCGGCCUUGAGUGAUUUCUAGGGAAACCGACAUUAACUCGCGCCUCCGCCCCAUCCAGGAACUGUAGUGUUCAGAAGUAAAUCAAUAAAAGCACGCUGUGUUUCCUCA